CGGAAGGGAAAUUGAUAUUGGAAGAUGCCUUUGUCUGGACUGUGGCUUGGAUAGAACAGGACAGGACAGAGAGAGUAUGUGAUAGGUAGAACUAUGAGAAUGAAUUUGAAUUAUCCAGAAUGUGAAUUUUGAACUGACUUCAGGGAAAAGACAACCAUAAAGAGGAAAGAGAGAUGAUUGGAAAUCAAAGGGGCCCAAAAAAGCACAAGGGAAAAUUGGAGAAAGAACCAUCUUCUCCUCAGGAUGCUGAUGUCCAUAAACUCCUGGUUCCACAAAGUUUCAAAGGAAGGAGAAGAGGAAAGUGCCCAGUGUGCGGAAAGAUAUUUAAAUAUAAAUCACAAUUAAAUAUGCAUUGCAAACUCCACACAGAGGUGAAGCCAUUUAAAUGCGUGGAGUGUGGAAAGAGCUUGAGUUGUAGCGGAAGUCUUAAUGUACAUCUUAGAACCCACACAGGGGUGAAGCCAUUUAAAUGUGUGGAGUGUGGGAAGAGCUUCAGUCAAAGAGGAAGCCUUACAUUACAUCUAAGAACCCACACAGGGGAGAAACCAUAUAAAUGCAUGGAGUGUGGAAAGAGCUUCACUGAUAGUGGAAAACUUACCCAACAUCAAAGAACCCAUACAGGGGUGAAGCCAUAUGAAUGUGAAGAGUGUGGAAAGAGCUUCAGUCAAAAAGGAAGUCUUAAUCUACAUCUAAAAACCCACACAGGGGUGAAGCCACAUGAAUGUGUGGAGUGUGGGAAGAGCUUCAGUCAAAGAGGAGGCCUUAUUUCACAUUUAAGAACUCACACAGGGGAGAAACCAUAUAAAUGCAUGGAGUGUGGAAAGAGCUUCCGUCAACAUGGACACCUUGUUUCACACCAAAGAAUCCAUACAGGGGAGAAACCAUAUAAAUGUAUGGAAUGUGGAAAGAGCUUCAGGGAUAGUGGAAAAUGUAUUUUACAUCAAAGAACCCACACAGGGGUGAAGCCGUAUGAAUGUGUGGACUGUGGAAAGAGUUUCAAUUGUAGCGGAAGUCUUAAUUCACAUCUAAGAACACACACAGGGGUGAAGCCAUAUCAGUGUGUGGAGUGUGGAAAGAAUUUCAGUCGCAGUGGAAGCCUUUCUUUACAUCAAAGGACCCAUACAGGGGAAAAACCAUAUAAAUGUAUGGAGUGUGGAAAGAACUUCAGCUGUAGUGGAAGCCUUACUCUACAUCAAAGAACCCAUACGGGGGAGAAACCAUAUAAAUGCGUGGAGUGUGGAAAGAGCUUCAGUGAUAAUGGAAAACUUAUUCUCCAUCAAAGAACCCACACUGGUGUGAAACCAUAUGAAUGUAUGGAGUGUGGAAAGCGUUUCAUUCAGAAAGGAAGCCUUAAGGCACAUCAAAGAUCCCACACAGGGGAUAAACCAUAUAAAUGUAUGGAGUGUGGAAAAAGAUUCAGUCAGAGUGGACAUCUUACUUUACAUCUAAGAACGCACACAGGGGACAGACCGUAUACAUGCUUGGACUGUGGGAAAAGCUUCAGUGUCAGCGAUAGCCUUACUAAGCAUCGAAGAACCCACACAGGAGAGAAGCCAUUUAAAUGUGCGCAGUGUGGGAAGAGGUUCAGUAUCAGAGGAAACCUUACUUCUCAUGAAAGAAUCCACACAGGGUUGAAGCCAUUUACAUGUGUGGAGUGUGGAAAGAAUUUUAGUUGUAGUGGAAGCCUUAGCAAGCAUCAAAGAACCCACACAGGAGUGAAGCCAUUUCAGUGUAUGGAGUGUGGAAAAAGGUUCAGUCAGACAGGAAGCCUUACUUCACAUCAGAGAACUCACACAGGGGCGAAACCAUUUAAAUGUGUGGAGUGUGGAAAGAGUUUCAGUGUUAGAGGAAACCUUACUUCACAUCAAAGAACCCACACAGGGGUGAAACCAUUUAAAUGUAUGGAGUGUGGAAAGAGCUUUAGUCAAAGAGGAAACCUUUCAUCACAUCAGACAACCCACACCGGGGAGAAGCCACAUAAAUGUGUGGAGUGUGGAAAGAGCUUCAGUUAUAGUGGAAACCUUACCUUGCAUAGAAGAACCCAUACAGGGGAGAAACCAUAUAAAUGUAUAGAAUGUGGAAAGAGCUUCAGUCAAAGAGGACAUCUUACUUUACAUCUAAGGAUCCACACAGGAGAUAAACUAUUUAAAUGAAUGUGUGUGUGUUUUUAAACAGGAUUAAGAGAGCAUUACUUAAUGAGCGAAGGUCUAGUUUUCUGUUCACUGCUGAGUAGGUAUGACUUAACUGGGUGUACAUUCAUGAGAGCAAGCAUAGUACCCAAUAGAGUUGUAGUCCUAAGUAUUAAAAACUGCAGUAUUUAAGUGUCCACUAUUUCUUUGCAAAGGAGGAGUAUAGGGAAAGAUCCAGAACAGGUGGACGCCACACAGCUUUUCCCCCAUCAGAGGAGCAGUUGUGACACCAGCCAGAAUUCCUUCUGAAUCAAAGUAAGACAUUUUAUUUAGUUAGGUGCUAUAUGCAAAACUGGAAUGCUUAACUAUCCACAGUAUGUUUGCAAGAGAGGAGUAUGGGGAGAAAACCAAAACUUUGCCACUCUCCCAUGACCUCAUUGGCUACACCCCCAUAGCAGCCCUACCAAGUCUCCUGGGCACCCACCACCGCUGCACAGGAGCACACUUUAAGGCUCCCAAUAAUUUCAUUGCAGCUACAGGUUUACAUGGGUGUGCCUAGGAGGAAAUGGUCUCGUGGGCCAGAUGACAAUUACUAUGGUUCACUAUGCCUCCUAUACUAGGACAGCUGGGAUGUAGUAAGCAUUAAUCAGGUAUAAUUUAGCAAUAGAAGAUGUAGUUAAUCUUAAUUGUGCAUUUUUUAAUGCUUGCAUGUUAUAGACUAGGGGCCAUCAACUUUUUUGGUCCAGUGGGCAUACUUGAAAUUCUGAGAAUGUGCUGUGGCGCCAGGAACAAAAAUGGCUGCCUGGGGGCAUGGCAUAGUAUAAAAUGGCAGUCAUUUUUAAAAGCCGGGAGAAGAGAGACGACCACAAAAAGGUGUGGGCCUGCCCCACACCAUCAGUGGGAAAAAACUCCCCUCUGCUCAGAAUGCUAGAGAGGGUGGGUGUCCAAUCCUGGCAUCCAAUGAAAUGUGGGCAUGCUUGAGGUGGCAUGUUCAGUGUAAAAGAAGCCAAGCCAGUGGGAAUAGGAAGGGAGCAGGAAGAGCAAACAGUCUCACGUACAUUGUGAAUUUUUGAUGGAAUAUAUACUCAGAUCUUUCAUAUGUGCCAUGCAAAGUGCUGGUGGGCACACCGGCACCCACUUGCACCACAUUGGUGAUUAUUGUAAUAGGCACUUGAUCUGAUGUUUUAAUACUACUUAUUUUGUACUUUAUUUUCCCUUGUAACUUUACUGUUGCGUGCAUAUGCUGUUUCCAUAUAUUUUACCUUCCCCAAGAUUUAUCUACGUAUGAUGUGCUAUUGAUUUUCCUUUGAUGUUAUUUGUAGAUGAUGCUUGAAUCUGUAAUAAAGUGA